CGGGAGGAAAAAUACAAAAGACAAGCGACCUUCGAAAGCAAGCGACAGCCGCCUCCAUCGGAUCCAGCGACUUUGCAAGCGGUUACCAUGGCGACCAUUCUGGCUGAAUCUCAUUAUCCUCCUGCUCCUCCAUUUUCGUCGUAGAAGCUCCGCCCCGCUUCCGACUUUUUCCAUCGUUCCUUCUGUGCAUCAGGCGAGCGCCGCGCCGUUCCACACCACACGCCUGUGGCGCCCAGCGGUUCCCGCGCAGUGGUCUUCGUUGCUCGCCAUUCGUAGGUACGGCGCCUGUGCACCGCAGACUUACCAUCUGCCAUCAGGAAUCAGCCAUGUAUGAACGAUUCGUCAAUCAGUGCGCCGCUGAAGGAGGGCCCAGCACCGAGUGCCCCUGGUGAUGAGCUGACCUGCACUAUGAAAGGGUCGCGUCGGUGGGGACCUAGAAACCUCCUCCCGGUCUCUGGCCUGGCCUGCUGUUCUCCCAGACUCGGCCACGUAAAUUCGGUGUGAGGUCAGCCAGCCAGCCAGCCAGCCAACCAACCAACCAACCAACCAACCGAACCAACCAUUUGUUUAACAUAGCCGAGUCAGCAGCGAUGACUGACCACUGCGCUGCGAGAGUCAGAGGGGGGCGUAAGAACAGUCUUGGCCGGCCAUCUUCCCUAAUCACCCGGAUCAUCGCUUGUCGCCUUCGUCAUCCGUUGUUGCUGCUGCUGAGGAUGCUUAGACUCAGGUCGUGUUGUCAAGGCUGCAACAGAGACAUCGCUGAAAUUCAUUAGGACCCCACCCCCAUCCCCAUCCCCCCCGACCACCUCCUCCAAAAAAACGGCGUCCUGGAGACUUACUAUAUUGGCGGAAAACGGACAGGAAAUCAAUUGGGGUGUGUGAUCUCUCCUGAUGGCGGCAGCCCAGACCCUGCAGUUGCUAUGGAGCGGCGUGAAGAACCGCGUGACGGUGCGACAAAUCCUGUUCGUGGCCAUAGUAGCGCUGCUGGCCUGCGUGGGAUACAUCCACUUUCACCAGUGUCCAUCCAGUUUCUCAUCUCAAAACGUCUGUAGUCUCCUGAAAGAAAGCCGUGGUGAUCUUACUCAAGCAUCAAACCGGACACGUGCCUGGUGGGAAUGGGCGUGCUUGAUAGAAAAAGAGCUUGACAAGGGAGAAGAAUACAAGUGUUGGAAUCUUCGAAACAUGGGCAACUGGCCGGUUUGCUUUGACUCCGAUUAUCAACCAAAGGCUCCAUGUCUUGUGUACUCCUUCGGAAUUAACAAUGACUUCAGAUUUGAUGAUGCCAUGGCGGCUGAGGGAUGCGAGGUUUUUUCUUUUGACCCUAGCAUGGGUGUUGGUGACCACGAGCACGCCAAGCACGUAACGUUCCGGGCCCUGGGGUUGUCGGACCAUGACUCAGAUACUUACCAGCCCAACGUCGACGGGUAUGUGAACGACAUUGUGACAUGGAAGGUGCGCACCCUCAAGUCCAUACGCAAAAUGUUGGGCCACGAAAACCGUGCACUGGACGUCCUGAAGAUGGACAUCGAGACUUACGAGUGGGCCGUGGUCAAGAACCUGCAGGACGACGGACAGUUGUCGUCUGUGCGGCAGCUGGCCCUGGAGUGGCACAUCUUCCCCACCGAGCCGUUCCGCAACCAUUUCUCUACCAUGUACCAGACCAUGCUGGACCUCAAGAAAAUCGGAUUUCGGCAGUUUUACAUGUCUCCGUGGAAUCGCAUCCACAACAUUUACUAUUUCAACUCACAGGCAGACAACUGCCUGGUGAACACUAUGUUCCAGGCCCCGCAGGAGACGCGGAGCGAAGAACGAGCGCCGACAGGCUAAUAACCCUGAGACUGCUGCUUAUUUUACUGAGGUUUUUUUUUUAAUUAAUAAUUUUUUUUUAUCUGCGUGGCUGUCAGAAUGUCAGGAUACUUGAUCUCGCUGUGAUGACCUGUGACAGUUAUGUGAACUACUGGCUAUUUUUUUAUGUGACCCUCAUGAUCACUGCCACAAAAACACCGCUUUGUUUCACCUUGUUUGAGAAACGCCUCACGAAAACUUGGCGGUUUCAUGUGAAAUCACCUGCCACUCUUGGGAUUUAUAAUCUGCGUUUCCGAGUCGGUAAUAGCACAUACCAACUUGGAUUGUCUUGUUACUAAUGGCACGACUGGAAGGCUGCUGUGGUCAGACGAUCAGUGCCUGUAGUUAUUUUAACAAUCCUAGCGAUGAUGCGUACUUGGAAGAAGUGCGGCUGUGGGAAACGAUCAGAAGUUUCAUUUCUUUCCUACAUAGAGUUGUUCUAGUAUCACGGUAAUAUUUAUCCGUUAUCACAAGCGGGAUGAAGAUUCUUUCAGGAGGGGUUGAGCGGUCAGACCACCUAGCGAUGAAGCGCUUGUUACAGAGAGAAGAGGAUUGUGGACCACGUUUCACCUCGGGAUUGCAUGGUUUUUUUUCUGGAAGCAGCACCCGGGUACAGGACUAGCUCGACACGAUACAGCUGCAGCUGUUGACGACGUCAAACCCUCCAGCCAGCCAGCCAGCCAGCCAGGCAACUUUCUUGGGGUUGGAUGCAUUCAGGUGCAGGCAGAAAUCGCCAUCUUUCUUUUGACUGAUCGUAUACAAACUCAUUCGCAAAGUUUUCACCAAGAUGCCAAUGACAAUCAUAAGGUAUUACUGUGAACAAAGACUGCUUUCCUUUGUCACUCGGUCAGUUAUCUGUCGUGUAAUCUACAAUUUGUUUCUGUAAACUUCCACGUGCAAAACUUCUCCACAAAUGAUGUUUAAAAGUACUCGGUUUUUUUUUCUCUCUUGUACACCUUACCUAGGGCGGUCACCAAUACAAUGAGGGUUGGCUGUCCUAGGUUCAUCUCUCUCUCAGGCACUGUUUUUUCUCGGCAUGUAUCUGUUUACAGACCUGGCUACCUUACCGUGAUAUAGGCUUCUUUGCUUUUUAAUAAUGUAUUUCCUGCUGAAAUAGCGAUUGUGGAGAAAUAGACAUUAAAAGUGUUAUAUGCUAAUUGGACAUUUUUUGCUUGCGUGUAAUUGUAGCUGGUAAGUUCAUAUUUUUCGUCUAAUAUCGAACAUGAUAAGCACAAUAUUCAUCUGAUGGCUCUCAUUAUGCUCUCAAUUCCUCUUACAGUGCUGAAAAACAGUGAUGCUCUCUUUCCUUCCAUACCCGCCAUCUACCCACCAUCGAAUCCUUUGAACAAGCACUAAAAACACAUCUGUUCCACGAACAUUACUCUUGACACUAGUCAACAUCAUGGUCAAAAGUUGUGAUUAUAGUCUGUUGACCAGUUCGCCUGCUCGUCUUUCUCUACAGAUUUUUGAUAUCCUUAUUGUUACUCUUUGUUCCCUGAUUCGUUUUGUGUCUCUUCGUCUUUUAUUACUUGUCUGCACGUUUGUUUGUCCUUCCGUUCAUCGUAUUCUGCCAAUGUCUGUGUUAAGGGCUGAGAGCAUGCUCCUUCGUGGGCGUGAUUAUGCGCUAUAUAAAUCCCAUUAUUGUUGUUGUUAUUUUGAACUGUGACAUAAAUGACGAGGGAGGUCACCAGUAAGUCAUUAACCCAUUUUGAUGAAUGACAUUUUGUACUCGUUACACCAUUGUCAAUCACAUUGUAAACCCUUUGUGCCACUCUUCUCAUUCGCAGACUCCAUCCAGCCCGCAGUCCCUCUUCCCCACCUACAUCCAUUUCAGGUCAAGGGAAUAAAUAAACGAAUGUGCCGUGUGUGGGGUGAGGGUACAUGCAGUCUAUACGUAUAAUAAAAGGUAUACAUGUGA